AUGGGGCGCAGGGAUAUACGAUCUAUUGAAGCUGGUUCGUUGCACAUUAGUAACAGCACCAUAUUUCCGCAGCAAGAAGGACAAGAAGUACCUGACCAGUUGCAGGCAAAGAGGUUUGAUCAUUCUGUAGCCAAGAGGGCGGCCCUUCGAGCACGUUACGUGUACUGCAUCAUCUUCUUGAUAACAAAUCUCAAAGCUUGGUUCUUUCGAGAUUAUGGCCAGAAAGUCCUCAGUCAGUUCAAUUAUGUAAAAGCUUGUGGAGUAGAUGGGGAAGACUGCUGCCAUACUCUGGGGGUUCUUCGAGUGAGUCUUGGAUGCUUUAUAUUCUUCAUUGUCAUGCUGUUCACCACGGUUAAGACAAGAAAGCUGUAUCAAGCUCGCAGUGGCUGGCAUUCCGGUUGGUGGUGGUCGAAACUUGUCAUUUUGAUAGUGUCAAUGACAGCUCCUUUCUUCCUCCCUUCAAAUCACAUUCAAGUUUAUGGUGAACUUGCUCGCGUCGGUGCAGGGGUUUUUCUAGUUCUGCAACUUGUGAGUGUGAUUGAGUUUAUCAGCUGGUGGAACAAUUACUGGAUGCCUGAUGAAGGAAAAAACCAAAGUUGCUCCUUUGGACUAUUCAUGUCAACAAUCUUUUACAUAGCUUCCGCCUGUGGGAUUCUAGCAAUGUACUUCCUCUAUGGACAUAGACUUGAAUGUGCUCUCAACAUAUUCUUCAUCACGUGGACAGCAGUUCUGCUUACUAUACUGAUGUCUAUUUCCUUGCAUUCCAAGGUGAAUAGAGGUCUUCUAUCGUCUGGGAUCAUGGCUUCGUACCUCGUCUUUCUUUGUUGGUCUGCUAUAAGAAGUGAACCUACCAGUGAGAAAUGCAACAACCGAAACCAAAGUCAUGGAAACAGUGACUGGACUACCAUACUUAGCUUCUUAAUAGCCAUAGGUGCAAUUGUGAUGGCAACCUUUUCAACAGGAAUUGAUUCCAAAGCAUUCCAGUUCCGAAAGGAGAAGAUUGAAGAGGAAGAUGACAGCAUCCCUUAAGAUUAUGGGUUCUUCCAUCUGGUGUUUGCAUUGGGGGCAAUGUAUUUUGCAAUGCUCUUCAUCAGUUGGAACCUGAACAGCUCAGCAACCAAGUGGAGCAUUGAUGUUGGGUGGGCAAGUACAUGGGUGAAAAUCUUGAACGAGUGGUUCGCAGCUACAAUAUACAUAUGGAAGCUGAUUUUCCCAGUUGUGAGGCAACCCAAAGUUUCCAUGGAUGAAGGGGUUGGUGCGACAGUGGUGCAGAUCGUGCAACAGGGAGAGACAGCAGUAGUAGUAGCAUAAGCAAAAAAGGGAGCAUAUAUAUACAUACAAGAGGUGUUACCCUGCAGAUCAAGUAUAAUCAUGAAAAUAUGAGGUGGGAGAAGUGAGAAGCAAGCAAAAUAGAGAAAGGGGGGAAGUAUGCCAUGGUUGAAAUUCUCUGUAGUUUAUAUAGUUUUAGCAAGACGUCAUAGGCACCAAAGACUGCAUCCUUGAUGAGGAAUUGAGGGCUUUGUCACUUAUUCUGUUGUACAUGGAGGAAGCAAAGCAUAGUAAAAUGAAUCUGACUCCAUGUGGGACCAGAAUGAUGAAGGCAGUGGAUUUUCCCAGCUGCUGAUGAUUAGCU